AUGGACUCGGUUCAUAACCCGCCGUCAAGUUUUUCGUCCCGACGACCGGCAACUGGCGCCUUGCCUACCUUUUCCCUCCCCCCGCCACAGCCAGAGGUUCCAAGUAUGGAUGACCACUCUUCCCGACCUCGUUCUUUCUAUCACAUCAAGAACAUCGAUCUAACCCCCCCGUCUUCAGGAGCCAGCGAAGGCCUGAGCCCAGGAUUGUCGAGUGUCCACACAAGCAGUUCGCAAGGUUCUCAAGCCCCAAACACCAUGCAGCAAUACACGUACAAUGCCGGCCACGUCCACGGAAGUUGGCCAACACCCGGCAACCCCCCUUACGGCGUCAACUCAGCUACGGGCCAGCAAGCCGCCCCGAUGCAGACCGCUGGCGGACAGUCAUACACCGUCAAUGCGGCCAACGCGGCCCAGCACCCUCUGGGAACGGCAGCCUACGCCCCGCGAUCCCUCUAUGCCCAGCCCUACGGCACUCAGCGAAGUCCCCAGUCCCCCGCCGCCCCUGGGGAAGCGUCCUAUGAGCAUCACCCUUUUCCAUCUUCCAAUGGCCAGGAGAGCCACUCAAGUCUGCCGUCGGGGAACAUUACGCAGGCGCCGUCCUUGUCCAAUGCUCCGGCCCAUGCUGAGCCGUACGGGCACAGUCGGUCUUCCAUUAGCGGACCCAGCUACGGCUCUUCGUCGACCGGCCAGCCCCAGCCUGGCUUCUCCUACGCAACCCAGCAUUCGCCGAGCAGCCACUCGCCCACGGGAGCGGCGCCUCUUCCCCGGGGUCUAGGUCAGCACCCGCUCCCGUCCAUGGCGCCACCCGGCUCCUAUCGCUCCUAUCAGACAUACCAGGGACCGAUGCCAACGAUGGGCGGGCCCGUCAUGUCCAACAUUCACCAACCUGGCAGCUCCCUCUCGAUGAUGCCCGCAAUGGUAACCGCUUACCCGGGGGGGCCAAACGUGAUAUACGCACACGCACAACCGCAGGCACAGCCUGAACGGCCAUUUAAAUGUGACCAGUGCGUUCAGUCGUUUAGCCGCAACCACGACUUGAAACGUCACAAGCGCAUUCACCUUGCCGUCAAGCCAUUCCCGUGCACUUAUUGUGCCAAGAGCUUUUCACGAAAGGACGCCCUAAAGAGACACCGAUUGGUCAAGGGCUGUGAAAACAAGAGCCACGAAGCUUCUGCCGAGAACCCCGGUGCUUCUGACGAAGGGGCCCAGCGAAAUGGAGAGGCAGGUUAA